AAAUCAAAAAAGCAAUUACUAGCCCUGAAAAAUAUGAAGAAAAAGAUAAGCCGGUCUCCAAAUUAACCGAAGCCGAACUAAAAGAAGCCUUUGGUGGAAAUGUUGAUGAUAUAACGCUGGGUUGGAAAAUAAGACUAAAAAUAGAAGAGGCAGCUAAUGAAAAAGCCGGAAAAGAUUUGAUGAAGGCUGAGAAAAAAGGUACUGGUGAUGAUGAGGAAAAACUGGAUAUGACUCAAUAUGGUGCUAGUGAAAAGGAUGGCGAGCCUAGCAAAGAAGAGCAAGGUGAAAACAAAACUGAGGAAGGUGAAAAAGAUGAAGAAAAUGAGUAG